GCGAGAGAGAGAGAAUAUAAAAAUAAAUGUUACGGACUGAUAUAUAUAAUCGUUCGUAGAAGUGUACUCAUUAGUGCACAAACAAAUGAAGAUCUAGCUCAUUACUCAAUAUAUAUUCUUUUAAAAAACUGUAUCCCAAAACCUAGAUGUACAGUCCUGCAAUUAAUAUACCAAAAGCCACAAGAAUGAUAAUGCUUCAUGAAUGCUAGAUAAAAAAUGCGUGUUUGACACAAAUAUAAGAGAUCUGUGAAUUAUGGAUCAGACUAAGUGGGAAAAAAACCCAGACAGAUAGCAUAUCUAUUUAUCAAUGAUAAGUGAUAGGCUGUCAUGUUGCGAAUAUCAUGGUAUGGCCAAUGCGAUCGAAAUCAUUAGUCAAUAUCAGAAGUGCAGUGAAAUAGCAGUAGUGGAGUUCUUCAAAUAUACUGUGACGGAUUUGAUAUUUGGAUUUUUGAGGAGGAGAGAUUCGCUGUUGAAGGGCCAAAGGCACAGUGAGAAAGCGGCAUUCUGUUGCGCACUCACGCCAGGAGGCUGCUUACUUCCCCUGCAGGCGGAGCAGGAUGUGGCAAGAGAUAGCACUUCUGCUGCUCCUUGUCGCCCGGACGAGGGCUGGCCAGAUCAUCGGGAACUCAUGGUUCGACUAUUACACCACAAUCCUGCGUGCCUCUGUGAUCGACCUCACGACGGAUCAGCUGACGUUCCACCUGAACGCCCUGCUGGAGAGGUUCCCGUUCCCGCAUCCCGAGGACCACAUCCACCGCGCCCUCGUCAUUGCCUUUAGUGCCCUCAUAUUCAUCAUCAACGAAAUGGAGGAAACGGCUCGCCUGCUGCUGCGCCUGGAGUAUCACCGCUAGCGCCAGCAGGGGGCAGUUCUGUUGACUGCAUGAGUAAACACAAGCUGUCGUUUACUUGCUCUCUGAUAUUAUCCUUAUUGUUGUUGCCAUUUAUAAUCAUUAGUAUUAUCAUUGCUGUUAUCAUGUUUAUUUAGUUACUAGUAAUAGUAGUAUUUCGUUAUUAUCAUCAUCAUAAUUAGUUGUU